AUGGCCAAUAGUAUACUAGGAGCUGGUAUUAUAGGUCUUCCUUAUGCCGUCGCACAGGCGGGAUUCAUCAUGGGCGUCACUUUGUUGGUCGUGUUGGCUUUUGUGACGGAUUGGACUAUCAGGUUGGUGGUUCUGAAUGCCAAACUGAGUGGGAGAGAGUCAUAUACCGAUGUCAUGUAUCAUUGUUUCGGUCAAUGGGGUUCAACCUUAGUAUCUUUCUUUCAAUUUGCAUUCGCUUUCGGAGGCAUGUGCGCUUUUGAUGUCAUUAUAGGAGAUUCUAUAACUCCAGUCAUUGCUUAUCUCUUCCCUUCUUUAUCCCACCAUGCCAUCCUACGUCUUCUGGUAGAUAGAAGAAUAGUCAUUAUCAUCUGCACUCUCUGCGUCUCCUUUCCACUUUCCCUUCAUCGAGAUAUUGUAAAACUUUCCAAAUCAUCUUCAUUCGCAUUGGUAUCCAUGGGUAUCAUCGUCAUUUCUGUUCUUCUAAGAGGGGCAGCUGUGGAUUCUUCGUUACGCGGUUCUCCACUUCACGCAAUAUCUUUCAUCCGACCUGGGGUUUUCCAAGCUAUCGGUGUCAUAUCUUUUGCUUUUGUUUGUCAUCACAAUACCAUGUUCAUAUACCAAUCAAUACAUACUCCUACUUUAGAUAGAUUUUACGCAGUGACGCACGUUUCAACGGGGAUGAGUCUAAUUGCAUGUUUACUCAUGGCUGUCCCUGCUUAUUUGGUGUUCACAGAUAAGACAGAGGGAAAUAUCUUGAACAAUUUCGCAAAAGACGAUUUGAUCAUCAACAUUGCUAGAUUCUGUUUUGGGGCCAAUAUGUCGACUACAAUACCUUUGGAGAACUACGUUUGUCGUGAGGUCAUAGAAGAAUACUUUUACAAAGAUAAACCGUUUAGUCAAACGAGACAUGUGGUCAUCACGUUUCUUAUCGUUUUUAGCACCAUGACCAUCUCGUUAGUCACAUGCGAUCUGGGUGUGGUUUUAGAAUUAGCGGGAGGACUCAGUGCUACAGCAUUAGCGUUCAUCUUCCCCGCAGGAGCAUACUUUACUUUACUCCGCGGUCCAUGGUAUUCCCGUCAAAAACUUCCCGCUGUGAUAUGUGCAAUAUUCGGAUCCAUCGUACUUCUCUUAAGCUGUGGGAUGGCUUUGACAAAAGCUAUGACAGGAGAGAAAAGUGUGAAACAAUGUUUAUAG